AUGUACUACAUCCGAAGCACGAUCGCGCAUGAUCUUGCGAACUGGAAUUCCGACUUCCGACGUACACUCGCCGAGGUCCUCCGAGGUCAGCGAGAGCUCGGGGAAUCCAAGGACAUCGCUGCGCAAUGGGAGUGGCUGAUCGUCAAGCCUCUCCAGCAAGUUUCCCUCGUGGGGCCGGUGCUCAUCGUCAUCGACGCGUUCGAUGAAUGCAGCUCCGACGCGCGCUCCCGACGUCUGCUGCUGAAGCAUCUCACGGAGGGUUCCGCACAUCUUCCUUCCAACGUCCGCGUCCUCAUCACGUCUCGUUCCGAGCCUGAUGUCAAGCGUGUCGUGAAUCGGCACGACGUCCAUCCGCCCACCAGCCACGUGAUCCUUGACGACGACCACACAGAGGCGGCAGUGGACAUCAAGCACUACCUGCGCCACGAGCUCGCCCCAAUCGAUCCGGAGACCGAGGAAGCACUGGAUGACACCUACAUUCAGAAGCUGGCUGACAAGGCGGAGGGUCUGUUCCAGUGGGCGGCUACGGCUUGCAGGAUUAUACUUGAGAAGCCGAGCGGUCGCACCUUGAAGGAGCGGUUCGAUUCGCGUCUGGGCGCCGUGUUGGGUGGGGGUGCUUCUUCUCUUGACGACCUCUACCGAGGAAUUCUGGAGCAGCUUUUCGAUUCUAGCGACGAGGGGCUUAUGGAGCGUUUUCGUUCUGUGAUGGCCCAGAUCCUUUGCGCGUCUUCCCCGCUGUCCGUCCAAUCGCUGGAUGAGAAGCGUCGCCUUGCGACUGGUGCCCAGGAGGAGGCCAAUCUUAUACUGGCGGACAUGGGCUCCCUUCUUUCGGGCGUAUACAAACAGACAACACCGAUCCGUCCGCAUCACACGUCAUUCCGUGAUUUCUUGGUCGACGAGGAUAGAAGUCAGAAGUGGUUUGUCGACCUUGCGAAGGGACAUCCCGUCAUGGCGCUCGGUUGCUUUCGUGUCAUGAACAAAUACCUUUCGUUCAACAUCUGUCGCUUGGACACAUCCUACCUUCCUAACUGUGACAUUCCUGAUCUAGAAGCUCGUCUUAGGGAGUUCGUUCCUGGGAGUCUGUCAUAUGCAGCGUGCAGCUGGAAGGACCACCUACCCGUGACCACUCUGCCGUCAGAUCUACAACGAGAACUAAGCAAGUUUCUGCAUGACAAGCUUCUCUUCUGGUUGGAACUACUCAGCCUCCUGAAGUCCAUCAAUCGCGCUGCACCGUCUUUGGAAGCCGCAGUGAGGCUGUAUGAUGACUCUGGGAGCGAUACAUCGAGGGAGUUGUUGCUUGACGCAGUUGUCUUCAUCCGCCGAUUUGCUGGUGUCAUAGCGCAUGCUGCUCCUCACAUCUACAUCGAUGGCAGGCGAAUCGCCUCUGGAUCAUUGGACUCAACAAUCUGCAUAUGGGAUUCGGAGACAUACGAGAUGGUCGGGGAGCCAGCUGUUGAGCACACGGAUUCCGUGUGGGCUCUCAGCUUUUCUCCGGAUGGUCGCCACCUUGCGUCCGGAUCACCUAAUGCAACCAUACGAAUAGGUGUUGCGGCGGGUGCCAUGACGGACUCUGUCCUCAUGCACGUCAUAACCGCACUCGCGUACUCGCGCGACGGAUGUCGGAUUGUAUCGGGCUCUAGGGAUGGCACAAUCAGCGUGUGGGACGUGGCUACCGGACAACUCAUCGACACGCAGCCGAAGGGUCAUUCGAACACCAUAUCUUGUAUCGGGUUCUCUCCCGACGGAAGUCGCUUUCUUUCGGCGUCGCGCGAUACGACCAUCCGCGUAUGGAACUCGAUGACGCUUCAGCCGGUCGGAGAGCCUCUCUGUGGCCAUGCAGACGCAGUACUGGACGCCAAAUACUCCCCUGACGGCUGUCGGAUUGCAUCAGGCUCGGAUGACUUUACCAUUCGCGUCUGGGAUGCCGAGACGCAUGAAUCACUCGUUGAGCCCCUCAAUGUGAACACAGGUGUUGUGAACAUCGCUUGGUCUCCCGAUGGCAAUCAAAUCGCAUUGGGCUCCCGGGACUGGACCGUGCGCGUCUGGGAAGUCGGGACGGGGCGCGCCGCCGGCGAGCCGUUCGAGGGCCAUCAAGACGUUAUCAGCUCCAUUUCAUGGUCCAAGGACGGCCGAUAUAUAAUGUCGUCUGCUGGCAUGGAUGACACGAUUCGAGUAUGGGAAUUAGAUAACCACGCACCAGCAGGCGAGCCUUUCCGUGGCCACCCUCCACGCGCACACAAUCCCUUUGCCUUCCCCCAGCCCCAUUCUAGUGCUAGCGGCCCACCAUCCGCGCAGCUCGCAUCCACCCCAGCGCAGUCGCCACCCCCAUCACAACACCUCUCCCUCCUCCCCUCCGCUUCCUCUACAGCACGACAAUCACUAGCACCCACACGAGCAUCCUCGUCUUCUACACACAGCGACAAGCCUGUCUCAUCAAACUCUGCCGCUGGUAAGACGCACACCAGCUCGAGCUCACCAGCCGCAGCCGGCUCGGGCCCGACCAACGACGACAUCGAGGCCGUCAUCCAGAUGGCCAUGGCCUCUAGCAACUCCCCGCGGACGAGCAAUCCCCCACGGGACACGCGCACGCAGCUCUUCGUAGGAAAUCUCCCAUACCGCGUCCGCUGGCAAGACCUCAAGGACCUCUUCCGCCGCGCGGGCACCGUCCUGCGCGCAGAUGUGUCCCUCGGGCCCGACAAUCGCUCGCGCGGAUACGGCACCGUCCUCCUCGCGACCGCCGAGGACGCCGGGCGCGCCGUCGACAUGUUCAACGGGUACACCUGGCAGACGCGCACGCUCGAGGUGCGGCCCGACAGGAUGGGCGAGGAGAUCGGGAGCGGCAGGGGCGGGACUGGGAGUGUUCGGGACGCCGCUCGUGGGCAGCUUGUCGCCCGUGCCUGGGGCUGCGGGGACGCCAGCAGGAGUGGGGACGGGGUGGGGGUGUCGCUCGCGUCUCCCGCGCCGAGUCUCGCGGCUGCGGUGAGGUUUCCAGGGCUGUCGCCGUUCGGCGCGGGGCCGGGGCCGUCGGGCGAGGAGGACGGGGUGAGCUUGGGCUCGACGUCGAGUCGGCCGGGUACGGGCGCGGGCGCGGGCGCGCAGGCGAGUAGGAACCUGUUUGUCGGGAACUUGCCGUUCCACAUACAGUGGCAGGACCUCAAGGACCUGUUCAGGCAGGCGGGCGCGGUGCAGCGGGCGGACGUCGCGCUGGGGGCGGACGGGCGCUCGAGGGGUUUCGGGACGGUGAGCUUCUCGAACGAGGCGGACGCUGAGAGGGCGGUGAGGAUGUUUAAUGGGUACGAGUACAACGGCCGCCCGCUCAAGGUGCACUUCGACAAGUUCGCGCCGCCCGCGAGCUCGUCCGCGCCGCUCGUCGGGCCCUCGGCGGCGUCCCCGGCGGCGCUCGCGUUCGCGCAGCAGCACCCGACGCUGUCGCGCGCGGCGUCGCUCGCGCAGCAGCUCCUCGCGUCGUCUGUCGAGCAGCAGUCGCGGGGGCCGUCGUUGCUCGGCUCGAGGCGCGCGAGCGAGCAGGCGGGCGCGUUUGGGGUGUAUGGGGGGGAGUCGUCGGCUGGGGAGCAGGAGGCCGCGGCGGCUGCGCUUGCGGCGGAGCUCGCGCAGAGGCUGUCGGUGGCUUCGCCGUCGGGAAGGCACGCGCACGCGCAUGCGUCGCUGGCUGGUGGGCAGCCGCGGUCGCAGCCACAGAGUCCGUAUGCGGGGAAGUACUCGCACCAGCACCAGCAGCACCAUCAGUAUCCACACUCGCACCAGCACCAGCAUCCGACGCAUAUACCGAUCCCGCCGGCGAUACAGUCGCCGUAUACUUUUGAUUUCUUGCACUCGGGCCCAACGACGCCAUAUGACGUGUAUGACUUGAGCACGUACCAGCGGAUGAGCGCGGGGACGGGGAUGGGCGCGAUGGAUGGGUACGUGCAGUCCCAGCAACCACCUCAACAGCAGCAUAUGCAACAUCACGAAAUCAGUCCCGUCCCUCCGGCGUCGUCCGCGCAGGAGAGCUCAACAGCGCCGUCGAGGACAACAGCCACCGGGUCUGCGUCGCAGCCAUCGCUGCCUACGCAGAGCCAAGUUUCGCCUCCGACGGAGCCCUCGUCCCAGCCUGCGACAGGCGCGACCUCACCAUCGUCGUCUUCGAGAUCACAUUCGACGCCCCAGCAGCAAAACCACCAUCCGGCACACCCUGGCCCGAUCGCGCUUCCUCCACCACCACCCGUGACCGCGUUCCCUCAUCCUCCGCCACACACUCUCUCCCCACCGUACGCGAUGUCGCCGCACGGGCACCCCAUGAGCCCGUUGCACCACCCCAUGAUGGGCAUGGGCAUUGCGAUGAUGACACCCCACGGCCUGCCCCCCAUCACGCCCUCCAUGCCCUCGUUCACGUUCCUCCCGCAGGGCUCCCCGGGCUUGCCCUCGCCCGCCGCCCCCGGCACGGGCGAGAUGGCGGCAGACGGGAGCAGGCCCCCAGGCGCGGUGGCGCCCGCGGGGAUGUACGACCACAUGCGGCACGUCAUGGCGCCCUUCACACCGUUCUCCCCGGGGACGGCGAUGUCCCCGGGGGCGUUCUGGGGCCGCCCGGGGACCGGGGCGAACCCGUUCAUCAACCCCGCGGUGGGCGCGCCCGUGCGCCCGGGGCAGUAUUACGGGUACCCCGCCCAGCAGCAGCCGUCGCAACAACAGCAGCAGCAGCAGCAGCAGCAGCAACAGGGCGAGCAGGACGGCGCGGGGUACUUCCCUCCGGUGGGCGGCGAGCCGCAGGCGCAGGCGCAUGCGCAGGAGCCGCCGGGAUACUUCCCGUGGGUGCCUCCUUCGCAGUCGCAGCAGCCUGACGGGCAAGGACAAGGACAAGGGCAGAUGCAGCGCUCGAGCGGGCUCGCGAACGAGAUCUUGCGCGACGACAGCGCAGCGUUCGGGCACGCCAACGGCAACGGCAACGGCCACCGAGAGGCGCGGGUGAGGGAGAGCCCCGGGGACAGCGACGGCGCGACGACGACGGGGAGCGCGUCGACGGCGCCGGAGACGAGCUCGCGCGGGACGUCGUGGCACACCGACACGGACGACGGGGCGAGCCAGAAGGCGCAGAUCCGCGCGGAGGCGCGUGCGCGGGGUGCGGGCGGGCUGAACGUGGAGACGUUCGUACCGGACGACUGUGCGGCUGCGGGGGCUCUGGACGUGAACGGGCACGGGGCGAAGCCGCGCGCGUACUCGGCGGAGAGCACGGCGAGCGCGGGGGGCAGCGGGAGCGGGCGGGGGUCGCUGACGAGGGCGGACUCGGACCCUGUGCGGAAGAUGCUGAGGGGGCCGUCGUGAGGCGGGUGUCGCACGAUCUCGUUCAAGUUUGGGCUUGGGAUAAAGGAUAAGGUAACGUCUGGGCGCGGGUUGUAGCUUAGAGGGCGGUUCUCUCGAGUCGGUUCAGGCGAUCGGACUGACGGGAUACUACACACAUGCAUGCAUAUACACAUCGCGCCUCACCACUUUACGCCGCGCACGCAGGUUUCCGCUGGUCAUUUGCUAUCACUGCUGUUUUUGUCGGUCAGGUUGGGCGGUCGGUCGGGAUAUAGAGAGAGGGAGGAGGGCGUGUGCAACGCAAAACGUAUCGUCAUGUUACAUGUAUCUUAUUCGCGCUCCGAUUUUUCAUUUUUCUGUUGUGUUCGGUUUGUCAUUCGAGUAUCGUCGGUCCGUUCUCGUAGUCGGCGAGCUCUAUUUGCUUCUUGCUGUCUCG